CAAAGAAAUUUAUAUCCCCCUUACAAUCUACAUUCCAAGCAGAUUUCCCCGCAAUUCCUUAUCGACAACCUCGGGAAUGGCGCCAAAUAUCUGGAGAUGAUCUGCACAGUUCCGGAUUGAUCCAAAUUCCGACGACAACGGCUCUUGAAGCCACGUUACAAUGCUAGAAGUACUUCUGAUACUGGCCACAAUUGCCUCAACCAUAUUCACGGCGAUUCUUCUGUUGCUGCCGAGCCGAUAUGUCAAGCAUUCGCCCCCAAAGGCAGUAUCAUCUGUGUCCGCAGACGAACCCAAAAUCUCCGUCCAAGUGCUGGUUCUCGGAGACAUUGGGAGGAGUCCACGGAUGCAGUAUCAUGCUAUGAGCAUAGCAAAACACGGCGGGCGGGUAGAUAUGAUAGGAUAUAAAGAAUCCACACUUCACCCAGGUCUUAUCGACAAUCCUCUCAUCUCGAUUGUCACCUUGCCUCCACCACCUUCCCUCCUCCGCUCAAAGACCCUCCCAUUCGUAGUCAUUGGGCCCCUGAAAGUCCUUUGGCAGAUAUGGAGCCUCUUCCAUACCCUAGGAUACCGCACAAAUCCGUCACGCUGGCUCCUCGUCCAAAAUCCCCCUUCGAUACCAACCCUCUUCAUCGCGAUAAUAAUCUGCUUCCUGCGGAACACCCACCUAAUAAUCGACUGGCACAAUUACGGCUGGACAAUCCUAGCCGGAACGCGAGGCGAAAAGCACCCUUUUGUCAUAAUAUCGAAAUACUACGAAGCCUUCCUCGGCCGCUGGGCACCCACAGCCUCCUUCACAGUAACGCACGCCAUGGCAAAGCAACUCAGGAAUAAACCCUACAACAUUCGCUCCCCAAUCUUCACCCUGCAUGACCGCCCCGCUGCCAUCUUCCAGCCUAUUUCCUCGCCAUCAGCACGUCUAUCCUUCCUCAUGAAUUUACCGGAAACAGCAAGGCACACAAAUGAUAUUAUGGGGGGAAAGACAAAGUUGCUCGUAAGCAGCACCUCCUGGACGCCGGAUGAAGACUUCAGCCUCCUUCUCUCAGCGCUAUGCUCCUACUCCUCCACAUCUACCAGCAAGCCCCUCCCUCCGAUUCUGGCCAUCAUCACAGGCAAAGGACCACAGAAGCAACUUUAUCUGAACCGAAUCGCCUCUCUCACCGCAUCCUCCCAACUCAGAAACAUAACGAUCCUCACCGCCUGGCUCAGCGUAGAAGAUUACGCAACCCUGUUAGCAUGUGCAGAUCUAGGAGUUUGUCUACACAUGAGUUCCAGUGGUGUCGAUCUCCCGAUGAAGGUUGUGGACAUGUUCGGCGCUGGACUACCGGUUAUCGGGUAUGGGGCCUAUGAAAGCUGGGGGGAGUUGGUGAAGGAGGGGGUUAAUGGGAGGGGGUUUAGAACGAGUGGGGAGUUGGCGGAAGUGCUGGAGGAACUGUUUGAUAGGAAGGGGGAGGGGCAAGAAUUAGACAAGCUGAGGGUGGGGGCGAGGGAGGAGGGGAAGAGGAGGUGGGAUGAGGAGUGGGAUGGGGUUGCGGGGAGGGUGUUGGGGUUGUGUGACUGAUUCUCGAGAAUCAAAUAAAGUUUCCCUGGCAGCAACAGGAAAGAGAUUUUUGAUGCAAAUGAGUGAUGAAAAGAGAUUCUAGUGAAUUAUGCCUCGAGGGUGAGUUUUGUUGCAUAUCGACUGAUUGUCUGAACUCCCUUUGGUACAAUGAGAAUUUUUUUGGAGGGGUAGUGAAUGUCGAAGUCGACUGUUUGUUGCACAUCAUAGGAAUGUCCUUAAUAAUUCCGGUACAAUGAACUUGAGCGUUGGAUCUACAAAUAGAAUUGCAUCUUG